AUUGUGGGUUUUUCAAAUCUACGUACAUUGGAUAAAAUAUUCCACGAAAUAAUUAGGAAAACAGGAUUUACGAUUGUUGAGAUAUCAGUGCGCAUUAAAAACAUCAAGAUGAUUUAUUUUUUUACAUUGCUGUGUUGUUUGUCAUGUUUUAUCCAUGUCGCUUCGUUUAUCUUUAUUCCAUGGCCUAUAAUAAUUUUCGAUGAUGCCGGAAACGAUGCUUCUGGGAACGUUUACACUCCAUUCUUGGAAAAUCAACCACGUGCCCCUGAAAACAAUAGGAUGAGGAGACCCCAGCCUCCCGUCACCAACAUGAGACCUCUCCUGCCAAGGAAUCCUCAAAACAGAUUGUAUCCCUCCAGACAACAAGUCGCGACUCCUCAAAACACCAUCAAGUAUAUCACUCCGUACGUCAGUUCGCCUUACUGUCCCGCAGGACAACAAUAUGUUUACAUGCCUCCGACACUAGAUGGCGAUGCAGUAGCAUCCAUUUGUCCUCUCAACAACCCCAUCCAUCCGCUCUGUAGAUGUCAAACAGGUUGUCGACAUAAAAACUUCUUUAUCCCGUAUGGAACGUCAGUUAUGGUUGAUAAAUGUGGAAACAAGUGCUAUUGUAAUAGUUUAAAUGGCGAGGUAGGCUUUCAAUGGACCCCAAUGUUGAUAACAAACCAAUUAGGAAACAAAUGGAUUAUAUAUAUUUCGGUUGACUGUCCUUUUUAUGUCUUGCAGGUGGAAUGCGAAUUUGACAGUUGUUAAACGAGGCUCUACAUAUAUUUUCGUAAGCACCAAGAAGUUGUUAAUUUCAAAUCUAUCUGGUUUGAUCUGUAUCUUUCAUAAAGACUUACAUGUACAAUCGCUAAUGUAUUCCAAAGAUUUUUAUAAAUAAAAAUAUAUUUACAAUGAG